GAAAGGGUACAUCUGUUGUCAAACAUGGCUGCUCCCGUGGAUGACAUGUUUUCCCUCUGUGUGGACCCGGGUAAAGUCACCGGCAGCGUGGAAAUCCAGUUUAUAGACAACAUAAAGGGUAAGGGGCUCUUUGCGAAAAGAAGCAUCAAGAAGGGAGAGACCAUUUUUAUUGAGCGGCCUCUGGUUUCUUCUCAGUUUCUGUGGAAUUCCUUGUACAAAUAUAAAGCCUGUGAGUACUGCUUACGCGCUCUGGAGACUGCAGAAGAAAACGCCCGGAGACUCAGCUGCAAUCCCGCUCUCAGCCUUCCCCAUCCCGAGCUCUGCCACGUCCGGCCUGAGCUCCAUCAAGCCUGCCCUCAGUGCCAGGUGAUGUACUGCAGCAGCGAGUGUUGGCAGGUGGCUGCAGAUCAGUACCAUCGGGUUCUGUGUCUGGGUCCCUCUGAGGAAGAUCCAGACCACCCCAUCAACAAGCUUAAAGAUGCAUGGAGGAGCGUGCAUUAUCCCCCAGAGACGUCCAGCAUCAUGCUGAUGGCCAAAAUGGUCGCUGUGGUCAAACAGGCCAAAGAUAAAGCACACUGGCAGAAGCUGUUUUCUCACUUCUGCAGCCGGGCGGCGAACGAGGAGGAGGAGAUCGCCCAUAAACUCCUGGGAGAGCAGUUCAGGGGGCAGCUGGGCUUGUUGCACAGCCUUUUUAAAGAAGCACUUUAUGAUGAGCAUCUCAGUCGGUGGUUUGUUCCUGAGGGUUUCCGCUCUCUGUUUGCGUUGGUGGGAACAAAUGGCCAGGGCAUCGGCACCAGCUCUCUGAGUCAGUGGGUUCAUGCCUGUGAUGCACUGGAGCUUCCUGACCAGCAGAGGGAGCAACUUGACUCUUUUAUUGACCAGUUAUACAAGGACAUCGACAAAGAGACGGGAGAGUUUCUGAACUGCGAGGGUUCUGGACUUUAUCUGCUGCAAAGCUCCUGUAACCACAGCUGCAUCCCAAACGCAGAAGCGUCCUUCCCCAACAACAAUUUCCUGCUUCACCUCAAUGCCCUGAGUGACAUCAGCCCAGGAGAGGAGAUCUGCAUCAGUUAUUUGGAUUUCUGUCAGCGGGACAGAAGCCGACACAGCAGACACAAGAUUCUGAGAGAAAACUACCUGUUUGUCUGCUCGUGUUCAAAGUGCACGUCCCAGAUGGACGAGCUGGACGUCACAUCUGAGGAGGAGGAGGGCGAAGCAGAGGGCGAAACAGAAGGGGAUGAGAUGGAAGAUGAGAUGACAGAUGUUUGAUGAAAGGCUCUGCCAUAUUGUUCUCAGCUUUUCCCGUCCCUCUGAAACACGAGGCCAAAAAGAAUAAAGACCAGCUGAGACUGUGAUCUGCAUAUCCAGAAGCGUGAAGUGACACAUUUCACUCUGUAUUUUAGAGAUCUGUUGUCAGAUUAUACAGAACUACAAGAGAGCAAUGGAAACUGUUUCACUUGGUUGCUUUAACUCAAAAGUAUUUUUUAAAUAGCUGGAAAUUUACCUCUUGAUGUUGCAUUUAUAGUUUUUUUUCUUUAUUUGGUUAAAUCUUCUGCGAAUGAUUUGAUCAAACAUUGACACGCUUAUAAAUCCAACAAACAGUGAACAAAAUCAGUAUUCCAGAUGGAUUUCUCACAGUCAGCAGGUGGGCAGAAAAAGUUGUAGGGUUCGAAAGUCUUUAUUAAGUUCUCCUGUUUCAUUCUUUACUCAAGUAUUUUUGUAGCUUUUGAAGGAAAAUCUCACCUACUAUUCAUAUUUUUGUUGUUUUUGUAAGAUAAAACAAUAUGUACACUCUCCAUAUUUGUAUUUGGUUUUCCGUGAUUUUUAAAUUGAUAUUUAGAAAUGCUCAGGAUUGGCAUUUGUUUCUUCUAGGUUUUUAUAAUUAUCAGUUGGAAAAAUCUGAACAAAGAUAAAUGUUAACCUUUUUUCAGCAGAUCUGAUAGAUUCGUAUCUUCAGAGUUAUUUAGCUCUUUUGCUUUCAGUAUAAAUCAGUCUGGUCAGUGUAGCAUCAGACGCCAUGUGGUCAGUGUUGAUGGAUGUCCUUCCAAAUGCAGUGGUUGAGCAUUAAUAAUUAAGUGCUUUGAGAUAAACGGUUUGUGUUGCUACUCUUUUACUGUGUGACAGAAUCAGUAUUAGGACUACCUUAUACUAAAUAAUGUUCCAUACAUUUUGACAAAUGCUCAAUUCACUAUAGUCCAUUCAUGCACUUUUCAAAGCAUGACGACAUUAAUUAUGCUGACAUUGCUGGAUUUUUUUUCCUGGUUAUUAUUAAGCUCAUCUGAAACAUUCAUUAUGGAUAUAUUAUCAAAACUCUCAUCAUGUUCUGCUUUGAUUCUGCGAAAGCCUUCAUGUUACACAGGCCUGCCACAGGUAAAAGUUGAAUAAGUGAACCCUGAUAGUUUAGCUGUUUGUAACUGGUUGCUAGUUUCAGCGGCACAUACGAGAACAAGUGAAUGUUACCUGUUCUCGUUACGAGGUUUUCAUGUUUUCUUGUCUGAGCAAACUACAUCCGUUAUUUCUUCUGGAGAUUCUAGCAGUUGAAAGCUAUGGAAGAGGAUUAGGGUCACUGAAAAAAACAAAAGCAAAACCAAAAUAAUUCAGACUUUUUUAUCUAUUAGUUUAAUCUCAGACUUCUGACUUUAAGACAGGUGGGCAGCUGGAAGCAAGCAGCUUCAAUGACAGAAAGAAAAUUAGACAAGAACUAAUUUUCUUGAGGAACAUGUUGGAUUUAUGGCAUUUUUUCCAUGGUUGAUUAAAGUAAAAAUUAUUUCAUUUUUCAGUGACUCUAAUCCUCUUGUGAAAAGCAGAAUUGUCUGUUCUGAAUUUAUUUCUGAUUCAAAGCUCUUCAUCAGCAGAGCAGAAAACCAAAAACCUACCACAAAUCUUCCUGUGCUGUUAGAAUUGCAGGCUCUACCAAAGAAGCUUUUCUCUUUAGCCAACCUUGACAGAAAGCAAGGAAUGUUUAGCUUUCUGCCCUUUUAAACUUAUUUCAUACCUGACUUUAGAGUAUGGCUUUUAUUUCACAAUAACAACCUUGUAAGUUGAAAAGACAUACAGUGAAAUACAGUUUGGUUUUCAUACCACGAUCUAUGUGUUCCAGUUAAUGCUCAUGUAAUGUAUUAUGGAGACCUUGAGUGGAAAAUUGCUCUGUCAGUUACUGUUUGGCCUUUUAUUGAGAGCUGUAUAUCUCGGUUGCACAUGAGCGAAAUGGCUGCUAUUGCCUCACAUCAAGCGAUAUUUCAACAACUGUAAUCACAAAUCUGAACAUUUUCAGCUGCUGAGAAAAGAGCUGAAAUGCUUAAAUAAACCCUUCUUCUCAAUGCGCAUUUAUCACUUCCAGCUGGUUGCAUACGUUCCAUGCAAAAUGUGUUACAGCAGCAAACCAGCAGUUGUCGUUUUUAUUGCACUUUCAUAGGCUGCUGAAAUUGGAUGUUCGUUUAGUCAUUUAUCUGCCUUCAUUACACCGAACAGAAAGGCAAAUAUUUAACUCCAUCCAUAUUAAAUCUAAAUCUUUACUGAAACUGUUUUUUUUCCCAAUGGAGGAUUGUAUUGAUCUUGUUUCACAACAGAGUGUAAAACGCAAAUAAAGCAAAGGAAAUUAAACAAGAAACAGAAACCUGAAUUAAACUAUAAACCAUACCUCCAAAAUGUCCCUUUAAAAAAUAGCUUUCUCAUAGUAUGCAUAUUAUUACUUUAUUUUGAAAUUUAUCCAUGAGCAGGCCCAAACAGACAGUAGAACUUUGACUAUAAAUUUGAGAUUAAGACAUGGCAAAAGGAACAAGUAGAUAAAUAUAACAUGCGUAAGAGUUUUUGAGUGUCCCUGUGGGGCGUUGAGAGACUAAAGGAGGCAUUUCUGCUUUAAAAAAGCCAUUUCACUAAUUUGCAGCGUUUCAUUUCACUAACGCACCUGUUGCUCACCCAGUACCACUACAGGCUACUCGCAAAAAUUACCAGUGCAGGGGGCCGAUUUAAUCAAGGUCUGGAGGAAGAUGAGUUUCUUUUUGACAAAUUAUUAGAAAAAAUUGAGGGAAUAAAUGUGAUGCUGAGAAGUUCAUAUUCAGUUCAUUUUUCAAAUUGGCUUUUUUUCCCCCCCACAUACACAAGUCAGCAAGUUAAAUGUCAUAUUGAUUGAAACACUAAAGUGAUUUUCAUUUAUUAGGUGACAGUUAUACGCACUCCUUGAGUUUUCUGCUUAAAUGUCAGUGAUUAAAAAACUGAUUUAAAAGAGCUGUAAAAAGUAACUGUCAGAAACCGUAAGUUCUGAGUAAUAAAAUAAAAUGUUAAUUUGUACAGCGCAUUGCAAAAGUAUUCACACCACAUGUCUCAGCAUUUCACUUUUUGCCACUUAACUGAAAACUUCAUUUUAUUGGGGUUUUUUGUGAAACACCAACGUAAAAUAUUGCAUACCUAUCAUUGUGGAUGAAAAUUUGUAUUCAGUCAGUCUGAAUACUUUGCAGAACCUUUUAAUUACAUCUGUAGUUCUUCAUGUCUGCCGCAGCUUUGCACAUCUGGAGAAUAAAGACGAUCUGGUCAUGUUGAGCUUGCUUCAAAAAGUGCAGCCUGAGGCCACAAAGAUCACAAACAAGUAGGAUUUUCAGCAUUGUCAUUUGCACAGUCAUUUCAAAGGAUCCCUUAAUGAUCAUCUUUGCCAUCUGUUAUGAUUGAUCCAACUGCAUAGGCAUUUUAUCAAUAAAAGCACUGAA